CCCCAAGCGUCCACUAUAUCAUGCCACCGAGGCUUGAGGCAGCUAAAAUUAACGGCUCCAUGAUUCGAUUCGGCAAGAAACCAAUGGACCCAAGAGCCCAAGAGCUCUCUUUCCAAGCUGCGAACUUCCUUCAGUUAAACAUACCUACCUACAUCACAUCACCACUUUUUUUUUCCCACUUACGAGCUGCCAUUGAGCCUUGUCAACAUCUUUUUUUCCCGAAAAUAAAAAUAAUUUCAAUCUUCAAGAUGUCUGACGACGAGCGUGUAACCAAGCCUUUCAAGUUUGUCACUGCCGGUGUCGACGCUCGAUUCCCCAACCAGAAUCAGACCAAGCACUGCUGGCAGAACUACGUCGAUUACCACAAGUGCAUCAACGCCAAGGGCGAGGACUUCGCCCCGUGCCGUCAGUUCUUACUCGCAUACCGAUCUCUAUGCCCGAGCGGAUGGUAUCAACGAUGGGAUGAGCAGCGAGAGGCUGGAAACUUCCCCGCCAAGUUGGACGCUUAAUUUUUAACGCUAUGGUUUUUUUAAUGAGCAUCCGUUGAAUCGGCAAGAUUGGACUACUUCUUCGAUGUAGUAGUAUAUUUACUUACUUGAGACUCUAAGCCAGCCAACAAGUAAAGAUUCGCUCCAAA